CUCAAUUGCUAAAUUCCUCAUACACACCUGUUUCCUCAUCUUCGAAAAAAACUCUUCUUGCACUCUAAAAAGUUAAACCUCAAAAUGAUUAGUACAAAGAAACUCCUCAAGAUGGCAAAAAAGUGGCAAAAGAUUGCAGCUGCAAGCAGGAAGAGGAUAUCCUGGCCGCGUCCAGUGGCUGAUAAGGGCCACUUUGUCGUCUACUCAACAGAUGGAAGACGAUUUACCAUUCCUUUAGCUUAUCUCAAGAACGAACUUUUCAUAGAGCUUCUUAGAAUAGCCGAGGAAGAAUUUGGAGUUACAAGUUCAGGGCCAAUUACUCUGCCUUGUGAUUCGAAAUUCAUGGAGUACGCGAUCUCUAUGAUUCAGAGAUGUGUAACUGAAGAUUUAGAAAAGGCGCUGAUCAUGUCAUUAACUAGCUGCAGAUACUCAUCAUUGUCACAAGAUCAACAUCAAGAACAAACAAAUUCAAAAUUGUUGAUUUGUAGUUUUUAGAAUAUAAAUAUUUUUUUUUUUACCCUUUUGUAUAGAUGAUACAUGAUUAUAUAAUUUACUUAGAAAAUUAACGAGAUCAAACAUUCAAAUCAAACAAAUUUGCC